AUGCUACACGACUUAUUAUUUUCGUUGUUAGGUAAACCAGGUUCAUUUGUCAAAUAAUUUGAUAACUCACCCUUCUACAUUGAUGAAUCUUUGAAUCUUUUUUCAAAACCUGAAAUAGUUUAAUUGAAUCAAAUUGUGAAUUUGGGAUAUCAUUAUUAGCAAAUAGACAAUUUCUUGUAAAAUCAAGAAGAGAAAAGCAGCUACAUUAAAGCUUUGGUGUUUGGAAUUGACAACAGUUUGAAUGAUUAUAGAUAAACAAUAUUGACUUUGGAAUAAGAGUAUCUGAAUGAAAAAAUGUUCAUAGUAUCCUAACUAAAUGUGAGACUAUAAGCAUAUUAUUAAAUUCUAUUGAAUUUGCAUACAUCCAUCAACAUAAUACAGUAACACAAUAUGCGCGGGGGAUAAAUACUAGAUUACCUUUAUGAAAGAACACUCACAGGAAAUGACAAACUCUAACUAAUUUAUCAAAACAUUCUGUCAGCCUGUUACGAAGUGUUAUUUUAAUAAUUGUCCUCUUGGUUGUAGUAUGGUUAAAUUUUAGACACUUCAGAUGAAUUUUUUAUUUAAAGAAUUGACGAGAAAAAGAAAACUGAUUAGCAUGAAUACAAUUGGGAUACUUCAUUUACAUUAAAUAUAUAGAUGUUACCAUUACAUUUUAUCACUUUACAGAUGGCCGAUAAAAUAUUAUUCAUAGGAAAGGCGGUGAAAGUCUUGAAAGGACAAUAAGAGUUAUUCAUUAAUGAGCAUUAACAAUUGAUAAGAGAAAUUGAAGUUUAUGAUUCCUUUACCUUUAACCGAAUCAUUGACUAAUUGCAAAAAUAAGUGGGUGAAUAAUUGGUUUAAGUGAUUGUCGAUAAACAAGAAUUGUUUAUUCAUUUGAAAAACUUUUAUUUAUUUAUACUCCUUAAUAAUGGCAAUUUUAUUCAGCAAUUCUUAUCCGAUUGCUAAUCAAUCCUCCAACUACCUUAGACAUAACAAGCCUUAUAAGAGCUAAACUUCAAUCUUCACAAGAUGGAUUAUGAUUAGACAGAGAAAAUGGAUAUGUUUAUUUACAAUAAUGGAUUCGAAUACAAGACCUUCCAAUCCUUAAAUAAUUUAUAGAUUAAAAAUAAUGUUAUUUAGACAAUCAAUAUAUUGAGAAUGGGACCUGCUCGAGGUCCUGAAGAUUGGAGUGGAGUUUUUAGAGAUGUCAAACAAUCAAUUGAAAAUGGAUUUACAUUGCAAAUUGUUUUUAAAUUCAAAUAAUAAUUAUCAAAACCAUUGGGAGGAUAUUCAAUUUUAUAGGUUCCAUAGGAUUUGAGUACAAGUUUAGUACUGUUAUUUUGUCAAGAUGAAGAAAAUGGAGUGUUCAUUAGAUUGAAAUUGGAUCAAUAGAAAGUUUCUUCUUUAUCAGUUGAAUCAAAAAUUAAAUUUAAAGAAGAAAUUAUUUACAAAUGGAAAUUGGACAAAAUAGAUUUUUCAGAAGGAGAUUUGCAUAGUUUAAAAAUUAAUUAUUAAAAUGAUGAAUUAUCAUUAAUUAUAGAUGAUACUUAGAGUGAUACAUAGUGUAAAACUGACAUAUUGCCUCCUUCUUAAUGGAAAAAAGUGGCUUUUAAAUUUUAAAAAUAUUUUCAAUUGGAAUUAGGACGAUGUAUGGUAGGAAUUAAACAAUAUGGUUAAAUAGUGGAUUUAUAUACAUGGAAGAUGAUAGGAAGCAACUUUUUGAAUGAUGCUUCUUGGAGUGGUCUUACGUUGAAGUAUUAAGUAGACUAUCCAUUAUCUCUGCUUAUCACACCUUCAUUAUAAGAGAAAUUCUAAUUAUUCUUUAGAUAUUUAUUCCCUAUUCGACAUGCUUAAUUUGAAUUGCAAUAGGUGUGGAUUAAACUCACAAAAAAAUUCAAAAAAAAGGAUUGCAAAUAUAUAUUGGGAAUGCAUACCUAAUUGAUGCAUGUUGUCAAUGCUUUUUAUCAUUACUUUUAGAUGGAUAUCAUUGCUGUUUAGUGGUCUAAAAUGAUAUCAAGGAUGCAAAAUGAAAUUAACUUUGAAUUGAUGAGAAAAAUAAUGGAUGAAUUUGAGUAAUCUGUUUCUAAUUAAUUAUUUUUGAAUUUGCAAUAGAUUGUCAAGAACAUUUUUCAAAUAAUCAAAUUUGUACACAAAUACAUUGAGUUAGUCAAUAGAAUUGAAUUGUAGCAUCACUCAUUAAUAAAUAAAGAAUGUUACAAACUAAUGGUAGAAUUUGAUACUUAAUUUAUUGCUCUAUUCAAUCUGAUCUAGUUGUUGACCAAAAGUACUAAUUAAACUGCUCUAUUUCAAUUGCUAACAAGGCUUGAUUAUAAUUCCUAUUUUGAUAAUAAAACCAAUGAAAAAUUCUGA